AUGACUUCGCUACUUCGAAUGAUUGCCCAAAUCGCCGUCGCGGAACAUUUGCGGGGCCAAUUCGACGACAAAACUCACAUCAAACGCUGCAUCAAACUCUAUCUGUACAACGUGCCGAUAAACUAUCGGUCGCUCUUUGACCUGAUCCUCGACCCUUCCAAGGACUUUCCUGAACCAAACGAGUUUGCCUUUUUCGUCAACACCUGGUUAAACAUUCCCUCGGAAGUUCGCCAAUCCAAUAUUCUACUGUUUCGAGGGAAUUUUCUAGGUUUUGAUGUUUCAUGACGAGUUCGCCGCAUUUGCUUCCUACCACCUUCUCCGUAACUCUGCAGCUGUACCUAAAAAUUGUUUUCAAAAAAGCUGGAAUCAAAGUCUCAUUGGUUCAAUUUGCAGCGAAAAGAGCGCAAGGGUUGCUAUUAAAGGAGGUCGACGCGCUGAAGACGUCGAUCAAGAAGUGCGGCCAUCUGGAGAGAUGCGUCGUUGCCGCUUUCCAGAAGCUUCUCGAAGACUGCGAAUCUAGCAUCCAAGCGGUUCUCGGAGGUUAUCCAGGCAUCUUCAUGUUUUGGUUUUGAGGUCCAUCGACUGAUGUCUGUUGUCUCCAGAAGUCUAAGCGAUGAGUCACUCAAGGAGCUGAUCAAUCCAUUAGUUGACCUCCUUCAAUGCGAAACUUCUGUCAAGGUUCAUGAGAUUAUUUCAUCAUAUAUGCUAGCGUAGAGCUUCGAGAAAACACUGUCUCUUCCGAAAUUUGAUUAAAACAUUUUUUCAACUUCUCUUCUGCUCAUUAGCUUCUCGACCGCCGGUUUCUUCUCUCCAUUUCCAUCUCUUACGGCGCCCAAACGUUCUUGGAACUUUUCCUUCCGCCGAUUGUGGAAGCUUUGGCUUCGCGACAGCAAGACAGAUCCAUUGUGGCCAAAGAGAGCAUCACAUGGUCCAGCUCAUUUUUCUUUCUCUCCAAUCUGAAAACUUCAGGCUUUCAAAGCGUUACGGACCCGUUGUCUGUGCCAGAUUCAUUUCCGCGAAUUUGCUCCGAAUUUUGGCGUCGUGUUAUGAAGGCCUUGAGCUUUUUGGUCAAUCUCAGGAGCCCGACGUUAGUUUUUUUCUUUGGAGUCACGAUGAAAGAAUCAUUCAGUCUGUCUUCCGAUUGACGCUUUGCGGGGAAGAGUACGGGUCUCGAGUGGAAGCCGCUCUCUCCGAAAUAGUCAUAACGUAUAGCGUUACUUUCGUCACGGUUCAAACCUUGAUGGUUGUUUGGCAUCUUGAAAAUGUUCUUGAAGGUCCAAUAUCUGCCAUUUUGCGUUGAUUUGAUAGACCAGUAUAGUCGAAGGACGACGGCCCUAUUGGAGGCCGGUCUUGUUUCCGUUUUCCGAAUCACAAGGCUUUCUAUAAAGACUAUGACUGACCAUCAACUAAUGAACUUCCUAGAGGUUCGAAUUGGCGGAGGAUUAGACAUAUUAUUGGUUUACAGGACUUCAUAAUGAACAAGAUCAUUCAUCGUGCUCUAAUGAUCGUUCUUAAUAACAAAAUUCAAUUUUCUAGUGUGCGCGUUCGUAAUAUUAUUAUCUGCAAGGUUUAUCCAGAUUAAAAUAUUGAAAAAAAUAGAUUUCAGGCAAUAUCUUUGUUACAAUUCACCUCGCAAAGGAUUGGAGCAGAGAACGCAAGGCUUUAUGCGAAGCUGCCUUUCGAGUUACUUUUCACGACUUUCUCUGAACUUUAUACUGCGGCUGAUGAUCUACAGAUAACGGGAAAGAAAAGAAACGAGAAUGACGUCAGUUUGGAUAGUUUCCCAGAAGUUCAUAUAGUGUUUAAAAGAUUGAAUUUUUAUCAAUCGGAAUUUUUUCGAUUGUAUUGAAAUAUCGUAAGCUUUCAUAUCUCAGUUGUUAUAUUUUAGACAAUUUAUCAUGUACCGUUGUGGAUUGUCCAAGAAGUAAUCGAAAGGUUUGCCUCUGAAUGGGGCGUUCCUUUCCUCUCAUCUUUCUGCUCGGAACCGGCUUUCCUCGUUCCAUUCGUUUCCAACAGUUGUUUCUUUUUGUUUCUUUUUAUCCGAUUCUUAAGUCUUCAGACGCUUCCCAUUCUCCUCUCGGCGCUCUUUCCACUUCCACGACCACACUGAAGACGUACGCUCUCAACAGUAUGUCAUCGGGGAACCGAAUCUUCUCUUCAUCUUCUUCGAGUCCUGUUUCGUCUUAUGGUGGUGUCAGGUUUAUCUUUAAAAAAGUUCUGAGCAAAAAGAGCUUUUCCAGCUCUUUCGAAUCGGGAGCGUUGAGUGCGGUUUGGUGCGCAAGGGUAUCUGCUGCAGUUUGCGGAAUGAGGUGAUUCCGGUCCUUUGAGCCUGGGAGAAGACAAUUUUCUUUAAGAACAGCUCUCCGCUUCGAUCACUUAUCCCUGUGUUCCUUCACCGGCCAUUCCGGCGCUGUGCGCAGAAUCGUCGCCAUUUCAAACGAGAACUCAUUCGUUUCUGCUUCAGCGGAUAAAACUGUCAAGUGAGGACGGCCGAAAUUAAGUUUCGAAAACUUUGAUGAGAGUUUUUAAAUUCAAACUUAAAUUUAAUGAACUUCUCUCUGUUCAAUUGAAAAAAACUGAGAAGAAUUGUAUUAUUUUCAAAUGCACAUUUCAGACUUUGGUCCGUGAAACCGGAACAAGACAGUGUGGAGUGCCAGUCGACGUAUCGGAAUCACAGCAAGUCUCUCAACGACGUCGUCAUUCUCUCUGACAACGCGAUCGCUUCUGCUGACGGCACUCUUCAUGUUUACAAUUCGAAGUUCGAUAUUUCACAACUCUGGGAUUGUCAGGUUUGGGAUCCGUUCCGGUCGUCGAUUGUUGCCCAACUGGAUUGGGACUCUGAUGGGAAUAUUAUUGCCCUCGAAUCUAUCGACAGACAUACUCUUGCCGCAAUUUCUAGCUUACAUCCUUCAGUCAAGUAGGUUCCCGAUAAAUUUGCAGAGUUGAGUAGAAAACUCAGGUUGUUUGACACGAGAGUCGGCAGAUGGACAAGUGAACUCAAGGUCUCGCCAGUCUCGGGAGUCGCUCGAGCAAUCGCCUCUAGGCAGUCUGGUAUUUCGAACGUUUAUUUUUCAAACUAGUUUUUUUCAUUUCUAAAUUAAAAUUGGAAUGAAGAAAACAGGAAAUCGAAAUUUUUUGAAAAUUUCAAGCAGUAUUUAUCUUUGCUCAAAACGGAAAAUUCUUUUCAAUUCUGAGUUUUUUUUUUUAGUAAGGACAUAAUUAAUUAUUUCUCUCCUCUUGUGAAGGAUUUUCUCCCAGAAAAAUUCAAACUUGGAAAGAACAAAAGUAUGCAACAAGGCAAUGGACGUUUUUACCUCUUCUCUUCGGAAAGUGAUUGUAUUCAUUCCAACUCAUAACCGCUGUUCUACAAUUCUUCGGUUUUGAGGUCGACAGAUGACUGUGGGACUGUCUAAUGGCACCGUGGUCGUUCUCGACGGUAGGACUGGAAAAAUCGCAUAUCUUGCCCAUGGCCACACCUCUCACAUCAACGGGGUGGGUUUUCCACGAAGAAAAUCAUGUCUCUGAUAGUUUCAGAUGCAUUGGCUCGAUUCCAACGACCUUUUGGUUUGCGACGCCGAUGACCCAGCAAUCGUGAUGAACGUCAAGCCGCGCCUUCAACUUUCCAGAAAACUUGUCGAUGCCGUCACCGCCGCCGGUGUCCAAGGAACCAUGUUGGCUACGCUGCAAUCCAACUCCAUGCUGAGGUUUUCUCCUCCCUUUCUCCACUUCAAAAUCAUUAUUUUUCAGAAUAUACAAUGGAUCUGAUUUGAACAUUGAGACGAAGAUCCGCUCCGACGAACUUCCAGGAACUCCGACGGCUAUUUUGCCGCUUCCCCUAAAUUCCACCUUCUUAUUGGGUUCAAGCCAAGGCGCUAUUCGAUUAAUGUGUUGAUGUUUCUUAUCACUUAAAUUUUUUUUUCUGUGUACUUAUACAUUCGGUAACUGAGCUAUUUCAAUAAGUUUUGAAGACCGUUGUAAAAAAGUUUGCUAUAAUAGUUCCGCCGCUGUGAUUUUUCUCUCUUGUUUGUAUCGGGUUUUUAUGCAUUGUGAUUUUUUUCGAACACAUCUUCUAACUCUUCAAAUAGAUAUUAUUUUUCUAAUCAUUGCAAAUGAAUUUGAAAUAUAUUUUAUACUAAACUUUCAACUUCAAAAAAAAAUUUUCGGUUUUAAUGAAAGUGCGCCCUAUGGACAGGAGCUGAAAAUUGAUUGCGAAAUACGGAGUAAUUUUUUUUUAAAUUUGUUUUUCCAAUUUCUAUUCUUAAAUUGCUUUUAGAAUAAUUGAAUUUCUGUGUUGGGAAAUUCUUGGCUUUCUGUUUAAUAGUCUACUCCAUAUGAGCUCAUAAAUAUAACGGAUUUUUUUAAAGUUUUUUUCAAAAAUUCUUUUAACCCAUUCUCGAAUGACAAUGACGUGUAUAAAGACAAUUUUUAAUCAAAAUGAUUCAUAAACUUGACCAAAUUUGUUUUUCUUACUCUUAAAACGUUUUUUUUUUCUGUUGGCCUUUCUUAGUUAGCACUCUUAUUUCUUCCGUUCUUUUUACUUAGGGAUAUCUAUAACAGCAGGAAUCCUUUGAAAUGUUUUCACAUUUUUUAGAAUGAACACCGCACUUGUAGUGAAAGCCGAGCCGGAGACUGAUGAAAAAGAAGAAGGGGAGAUUGUCGAAGAAGAGUUCAAUGUGAAGUUGGAAGCUCCGGACGAGCUUGAUGAAAUUCUUCUCGAAGAACAAAGUGAUGAAGAGAUCAGCGAUGACGAUGGUUUUACUACUGUAAAUGGAAAUUCAAAGCUUAAUUGUCAAUUCAAGACAGCGAAGAGUAUUGUCCGGAAAGUGGAGAAGAGUGUUGCGAAUCUGAUGAAGAACUUUUCGCGGAGCUUGGUCGAGAGGAACAAGAUGACGUCAGAGUUAAGGCACCGGCGGUGAAGAGAAAGUAGGAUUUUUAAUGACACUGUUUUUAAAAACUGUUUAUUGCAUCUUCAAUGUAAGAAUACAUGUGCAAUCGACUUUCAUUGAGUUAACUGUGUUUGAACGGCGGUAGGAGUUGUGGCUUAAGCAAAAAUACGCACGCAUUAACGAUACGCAAUAAAUUAAAUUAAUUUCUAGAAAACAAACAAGGGAAAGAAAAAGAAGAGCUCUCGUACGAGACGACACAACCGAUGCUCAUUUUCAGGAAAGGAUAUGGUUUUUUUUGUCCCUAUCCAAGAAAUAUUUGCAACUUUUCAGUGCGAUUCCUGAAAUCAACUCUUCAGAUAAAGAGUGCAAAAAAGUGUACGACGAACUAAAAGUGAACAAGGACAGUUGGGAUCGGCUUUAUGGGUUUAUUGUUAUAAAAAAAAGGGAGCGAAUACCGUUUUUUCCUUAAGGUACCAGAAAAAAGGAGUGAGGUGGCUUGCUCGGCUUUAUUCGAAGAAAGUGGGCGGAAUUCUCGCCGAUGAAAUGGGCCUCGGCAAAACUAUUCAGGUUCGGUUGGACGAUAUUUUUUUAUUUAUUUAUAAUUUUUUUCAGACGAUCGUGUUUUUUUAAGAAUGAUUCACGAUUCGAAAAGAGAUGAAGAAACGUAAGUUUCGGAUUUUAAACCUCAUUCUUUCAACGCGCUAGUGUUUAUUGUUUUACCGAUUGUUUUCAUAAAAUCAGGCGAAACUUUGUGAUCGUCAGUCCGGCUACGUUAAUUGCACAAUGGGUCGCUCAGUUCCAUAAAUGGGCUCCAGAAUUUAGAGUUUGUUAAGAUGUGUAACACUAGAGCGGCCUUAUUUUUCAGGUGUUCGUUCUGCAUGGGAGUGGUUCGUACAAGGAAAAAUAUAAAACCGCGUCAAGCUUCUUGAAGAAGAUCACUUCAGAUCCACUGAGGUUGGCAUGAAACAUUUGAUGAUAAAGGCGUGGAAAACUUAUAUGCUUUGAAAAAUGUCUCAUUCACGAAAUUUUCAUGUUAUUUUAAAACAACGACAAAUUUUGAACACACUAUAAGAAAAUCUUAAACCGAGCUUUUAAUUUUAUUUGCAUGAAGUUCAACUGUUUAUUUUCUCAAUUUUGAAUUCAGUAAGACACGGGUUGUUAUUACGACGUACUCAACUUUUCUGAAGAACAGCGGUUUGAUGUCUGACGUCGAAUGGAACUGCGCUAUUUUGGAUGAAGGACACUUGGUGAAGAAUCCUAAUGCGCAGGUCAUCCGGAAAAUUGGUUCAGAAAUGGAAAAAGGGGUUCAGAUCACAAUGAAUAUAAAACGGAUAGAAACGCCUUGCAAAUUUUUGCUCACUGGAUCCCCGGUUCAGAACAAACUCGAAGAACUUUGGUGAAUAAAAAAUUGUUGAAAAGUCCUAUAAUAUUGAUGGUUUGAGGUCACUCAUCGAUAUGAUUUUCCCUGGUCGACUUGGAACUCUCCAGUCGUUCACAGAAAAGUUUAUCAUUCCGAUUUCCCAAGGCGGAUACACGACCUCCACCAAAACUCAAAAGACGAUCGCAUACGAGUGCGCCAAAGUUUUGAAGUUGGUUUUGAGCUGGAACUCGAAAAAAAUCUAUCAUAUAGUUUGAAAAGCAUUUUCUUUUUUUCCAAGGGAGCCAUAAAUAGGAUAGUAUUUCAUUUAGUUGAAGAGAAAAAAUAGUUGGUGUUCAUUUCAGUGAACUGAAGACUGAAUUUAUUUGUUUAAUAAAAUAUAUACUUUUAAAAAAAAAGAAAAAAAUUUAGAGUCGCCGUUGAAGAAUAUAUUUUGAGAAGAAUGAAAACUGACGUUCAAUCUUCUCUUCAGCUUCCAACCAAAAUGGAGCAGGUUUGAAAAAAUGAAGAUUCUGCCUGAAAAAAAUUUGGUUUUUGCUCUCUUUCUUUUUUACAAAACCAUUUCCUCCUAGAAAAAACGUUUUCAGGUCGUUUUUUGCGAGCUUACCGAACUCCAAACCUAUCUUUACAAUCAGGUAAUGCCUCAAAUAGAACCAGUUAGUAAACUCGGGAUUUUCAGUAUUUAUUGUCUGACGAGUGCUUGAAGAUCAUGUCGCGACAAAUCGAUCCGUUCAUCGGAAUCACCGCUUUGAGGAAACUUUGCAAUCAUCCCGAUAUUUAUAAAGGUCCGUUUUGAUUUUUUUGCGCAAUUUUCGAAUUGCAUUCACUCAUGGAUCUUUCUUGAAUUUCUAAUACUUUUAGGCGACGGAGAAGAAGCGACACAAGAUUACGGGGAAGUUGAAAAGUCGGGAAAAAUGAUUGUGCUGUAUCAGUUGCUGAAAAAGUGGAAAAAGGUUCAAUUUCAUCGAAGAUGUGUCUUUGAAGAAAAUCGCAUUAUAAUAAGCUUUUUCAGUCGUACCCGAUAAAUAAAUGAUAAUAAUUUUAGGAUUUCUAUGAUACUAAGUUUUUAACCAUUUCUUUCAGCAAAAACUGAUGAAAGUGCUCGUAUUCAGUCAAAGUCGGGAGGUUCUGAAGAUUCUGGGAAAACUUUUAGAAAGAAAAAAGUUUGUCUAUUUGACAAUGGAUGGAACCACAACAGUGAACAAUCGACAGGCCAAGAUUAACCAGUUCAAUGAGGUUUUAUAUUUUUUUAUAAAUCUAUAAUCUUUUUUUAUUUAUAAUGCGAAUUUUUUUGAAUUUCGAUAUGUGGCUAAAUUUUUUUGAAUGUGAACGUUAAAAUUAUUUCAGUAACCAACUUUUCCAGGACCCGAAAAUCAGUGUUUUUUUGCUUACGACAAAGGUUGGUGGCGUCGGUUUGAACCUUACGGCUGCUAAUAAGGUGCAGAUUGUUUCGAAGAGAAUAUAAAUUCGGAUUUCAGGUAGUCAUUUUCGACCCGGAUUGGAAUCCUUCGACAGAUUCACAAGCCAAAGAACGCGCCUGGAGAAUCGGACAGUCGAGGACCGUCGAAAUCUAUCGAUUGUUACUCUCUGGCACUAUUGAAGAGAAGAUCUAUCAAAGGUUCAUAGAUCCUCCUUUUUUGACGAUAUUGGAAAUCAUUUCUGCUUUUGAAGAGAAAAAUCAGUGUACAGUUGAUGAGUCUUUCUCAGAUUAAUGAAACGAGACAUUUGGCAGUCGUGUGGAUCUCAAAAUUCAUUUUAAAGGAAGCUGCUUGAUAUCAGUCUACCUAAAGAAUAUGUUCCGAAAAGUAUUUUUGAGCUAAUUCACGUGCGACCGUCGCGAUGUUUCAAGUUGGAGCUAAUUGGAAAACGGCUUCUUCCUUUUUUGUCAUUUGAAAAGUGUCAUACUUUUUCAGUUUCUGUCUCUUCUGAAUGUUGAACAACUCUUGUUUCAAGUCUGAGUGUUUUUAGUUAUUUAGUGAGGACUGCCGUCUAAUGUUCUAAUGAAUCUGUAAUGAAACCUGCAUCUCAGAGGACAACUCUUUUCAGACAGAUCCACAAGGAGUUUCUCUCAAAAAGAGUGCUGAAAGAUGCGCGACAAACGCAAAUUAUGUCUCGAGCCGUGCUUCGUGAGCUUUUCGCUCUUCAUUCAGCUGUCAAUCAGAAAAUCAAAGUUUUGUUGUACAUGAACUUUUCAGAGCAUAUCAGGAACGGAAACCGGCGCUUUGGUCUCUGGGGAGACUGUGGAACGACAGAAAAAAACUACAGAAGCUGCUGCGAAAACGUAAGGCUUCAGGCAUGUAUCCUUUCGUUAUUCCGCUCUAUACGAGUAGUUCAAAAAGCUACGCGAUUUUAUUAAAAUUUUUUAAUGUCCCCCAAUUGAACCGUUUAAGAAAGUCAAAAGAAGAGGACUUCAUAAUGUCGCAAGUUUUGGAAUGCGCCAACGUUCGGAGCGUGAUCAAACACGACGAUCUUGUCGGCGAGUCGCUGCUCUCCUUCGAGCUGAUGCAGAGCAACGCCAAACUCAUUGCGCAGAGGGCCGCCGACAGCGUCGCCCAAAAGUUCUUGACUUUUUUGAAUUAUGGAGACAUGCCCUGGUUAAGACCUGUCGUCUCGGCGUUCCGCGAGCAGCAGAGCAGCUUUGCGUCCAAACCGCCGGCGCGCGGGAAGAAGCGCAGUGGCCUGGAGACGAUGGUCAUGGAGAAACGCAAAAUGGACUAUGCAAAUGUCCCCGGGGUUCGUCUUCUUUUUGAGAAAAAUUUGAACCUUUGGAAAUAAUUUCAAAACGCUAAUGAUAAGAUAAAGUUGGAUGUUUGAAAAUUAAACUUUCUAGACACCACAAUACAACGAGACGACGAAGCAGAAAAUCGAAGAAUUUUUGAAUUCAACGUUGACUAGAUCGGCCACUUCUAACCAAAUAGUGGAACAUUUUGUGAGUUUUUUGAAAGAGAAACUGAAAAGUGAGCUGACUGUUUACAGUGUGUCGGCAAGUACGAACAGGAAGCUUUCCGGCGAGUUCUUACUGGCAUUUGCCGCAUGGACCCCAAGUCGAAGCGCUGGCGAAUGAAGAAUUCGCCAAUUUGA